AUGCAGCUAAUGAAACCCUUCCAGACAAUGCAGAACAAGUUAUACAACAUCAGCUCCAGCGCCUCGUUUCAGUGUGACGGCACGUUGGGACACCGUGACGCUCCCCGGGAAGACCACCGACAGAGGAAUGUGUACUCAUUACUGACCCUUGGAAACGACACCCCGAUUCACCCAAAGAAGACCAGCGAGGACUGUACUCGGCUCAGCUUUCCCGGUGAAUCUCAUCACAGCUUUACAGCAUCACCCCUCCAUCUCCCUGCACCACCAGCACCACACAGCUCAUCUCUGCACAGCGGCCACAUCACCACUGCUUCAAAGUUCACCUUUACUUUUGAUGGCAAGCAGGUCUUCCCCUGGAUGACAGAGUCUAAGAGAAAUUCCAAACAGAAAAGUCACAGCUUCUGCGAUGCUUCUGGUAAUGGCUCCAAAAGGACUCGCACUGCGUACACCAGCGCCCAGUUGGUGGAGCUGGAGAAGGAGUUCCACUUCAGCCGCUACCUGUGCAGGCCUCGGCGCCUGGAGAUGGCCAGCCUGCUGAACCUCAAUGAGAGACAGAUCAAGAUCUGGUUCCAGAAUCGAAGGAUGAAACAUAAAAAAGACAAUAAGCUGAAAAGAAAGCCCCCCUCUCCCAACGCAAGCCCGCCCAUUUCCCUGCGAACGAACGUUACUGAUCCGCCUUCUGAGACUCUGAAUUCUCAGCCUGUUAGCACUCCUCAGAGCCGUGUAUCCACCAUCAGCCAGGUUUUCCGAAACCACGUGGAUUCUUGGUGUGACGCGCAGAGAAACAGAUCUACAAAUGACCCGUGCUCUCCAUUUCUAAAUGAUGGUGAUGGUGUUGUCUUCAGUGACCAUGGCUGCUCCAGUUAUGUGGAGGGUAACCAAGGGGAUUUUAUGACCUCCUGCGCGCCCCCAACGCACAGAUUUACUCAUUUUUCACACGUUUUGUCUCAUAAUAGAGUUGAUCAGCACGAAAGUGGUCUGAAUCGCAAGUCAUGGUCCUCUACUCAGCCUGGUGAACAGUGAACACAGUGAACCAGUUUUAAAAUAUUUAUAAAAACAGUUCUGUAAAAAAGUUCUGCUCAAAUCAGUAAGCAUUUUGAUUUCGAGCUGUGUGUGUUUAAAACAAUAGUUUCCCAACUUAACUACGACUAGGGAUAACAGUUCAAAACGACAGUUUAAAGCUAUUUUAUUUAUUCUUCAGCCUUUUGAUUAUCUUAAUAAUUUAAUCAAACGUUUCGUUUAGUCUAUUUUGUGUUUGUUUUUAUUUUUUUUUUUGCAGCUUCUUGAAAAUCCUUCAGCGCUCUGUCACUCAAAACCAUCUGACUGUCACUUGAAAGAUUGAUUAUCGUCCAGCAGGCUGUCUCUGUGCUUCCCUGUGAACAGACACCGUUUACUGCUUUUAGAUUUGUACCUGUUUAAAGGAGAUCUUUAUCAGCUCUGUUAGAUUAAACGUAUUUUAAUAAACAGCCUACAAAUCCACGCUGAACAUCAUUUCAUAUGAACAAACACAAAUAUCUUGCAUUAAGAGAAUUCUCUUUCGGUUUGCUUACUUUUGGUAAUAAUUGCGCUGAUGUACAAUAUUUUCUUUAUGUGGAAAUGAUGCACAUUUGAAUCCAGCACGUUCAGUGUAUCCCUCUGUUCAGUGGAGUCUGUGUCCGCGCUGUUUUCCUGUAGAAUUGGCUGCAGAAGUGACUCAGACCGAAGAGAAAAAGGCCACAUUUGUGUCUCUGUGUUGAGCUGGCCAGUUUUAAUCCCUUACGCAGGCAACACCGCUCACGGAAAAGAAAUGAAAAGUUAAUCGCAGAUCGAAAGAGUGCAAUCUUCAAAUCACAAGAGCAGCGAUUUUAAUUAUAGCCGUAGUUUUAACUAGAGAAUUUUAACCUAAUAGUACCACGGAGCUUGCGAACUGUCUGUAGGUCAAUAAUAAGCAACUAAGCGUCUCUGGUACUAACUUAAUUCAAUUCAGUUCAACUUUGUCAUUAUACAUUUAAACUGUAGCCUACAGUAUAACAAAACACGCCCGGGCUGCCUCUGAAGCCUCUGAUGCAUAAACAUUAAAAACAAGACAG